AUGAGCCUCAUCGAUGCCGUGGACACUACAGUUCACGCUGCAAAGCAGAUACAAAAGGAUAAAACAGCGACACUGGACUGUGUUGCGAAUGGAAUGCUAGUAAGUCUAGCAAAAUCCCGUCUGGAUUCGGAAACCGCAUCCAGGCUGGAGGAGAGAUUAGACAUACAUCGUGUCUACACUUGGACAGAAUUCAAGGAAGAGUUGGAGAAGCGAGCCAACCAAUUAGCGUGCCGAACCGAUAUCGACGAAUCGAAAUCGCGCAACACCAAGACGGUAGCAGCAGCUGCCAUCACCCAACCCCAGCGUAGGGAAAUCAAAACGCAACCGCAAUCCUGUUUCGCGUGCAAUGAGAAAGGGCACGCGAUCUGGCACUGCACCGAAUUCAAAGCGCUGCCUGUACCGCAAAGAUGGGAUAGGACCAAAAGAGCCGUGUUCAUCCAAAAAGCGGUGUUCAGAAUGCGGAGAAGCACACCACACAUUGCUACAUCCAGUGGAGCCAUCCCGAGUAACGUAGCACACUUGGAGCUGCACGGUUUCUCGGACGCUUCUAUUCGCGCUUAUGGAGGCGCAAUUUAUGCCUUUGCCAUAGACACGCAAGGUAACAAGUCCAUGAACCUGCUUUGUGCAAAGUCGCGUGUAGUCCCGAUGAAGGAUCUCACUCUUCCUCGAAAGGAAUUAAUUGGAGCCAAAUUGUUGGCAGAGUUGAUGAGCCGCGUGAUCGGCAUCAUACCACAACACAUUAACAAGGUUCACUACUGGUGCGACUCGCAAGUAGUGUUGUCCUGGAUACACGCAAACGAUCAACACGCCGAGGUGUAUGUUCGAAAUCGUGUGAAAAUCAUUCAACAAUUAACAAACAAGAUGAGCUGGAGGUACAUCCCCACCUACCAGAACCCAGCGGAUGUGAUCUCCAGAGGAAUCUCAGUGAGGAAACUGUUGACCACCAAGAAGCAGCUGUGGCUGCAUGCCACCCCGUAUGCACUAGAGGUACAUCCAGAAAUUCAAGUAUGCGCAAUUCAGCAAGCGCCGACCAUCGACCACACUCUGCAUGAUCCUGACCCAGAAGAUUAUAUCCAGAGUUACAAGUACUGCAAUUCUUUCCGAAGGACCAGAAGGCAUUUCGCCUUAAUACAGCGCGCCAUAAGCAAUUUUAAGGCAAAAGCUACAAGUUCUAUUAAUUCUGAACAACUCCUACAAACCAUGACCGGCCCUCUAACUGUUGAAGAGCUGGAAGCAGGACUACAUCUAGUCAUCAAAAAUAUGCAAUCCGUCUGCCUAGGACAAGAGCUGAAGAGCAUCGGUUUACACGGCAUUCCUACAAAGCAGGGCCCCCUGCAGCACCUCAAUCCUAUGCUGGCAGGUGGCCUCAUUCGAGUAACAGGCAGGUUAAACUUAGCAGACUUGCCUGAAGAACAGCGACAUCCAAUAUUCAUUCCGAGGGAGCAUCCGUUUGCACGAAUCAUCCUUGUGCAUCUACAUCGCUCCAAUAACCACGCCGGUCUGGAAAUAGUCUUGGCCGAAUUUCAACGAAGCUAUUGGAUGAAGGGAUUGCGGAAAACAACCCAAUCCGUCCUUCAAAAAUGCGUACUCUGCGUACGGGCAAGGCCUCGCAGAUUCGAGCAAAUGAUGGGCCAGCUUCCACGGCCCAGAGUGAAUCCCUCUACAGCGUUCACUCAUACUGGCGUAGACUUGUGCGGGCCGUUCCAAGUGCUGCCAAGUCAGCGGGCGAAAAUGGGGCUUACCGUUUACGCCUGCCUGUUUGUGUGCUUUUCGACCAAAGCAGUGCAUAUCGAGGUGGUGGAGGAUCAAUCCACCGGGGCCUUCUUAGCCGCCUUGAUACGGUUUGUAUCAGUGCGGGGUACACCGGAGGUGAUAUACUCCGACAACGGCCGCAACUUCGUCGGAGCCAGCCGCGAACUUGCAGAACUGAGCAAAGUAUAUAACUCGGAGUUGUUCCAAAACGAACUCAUAGGGAUAGCAGCUGAGGAAGGAAUACGCUUUUCCUUCAUCCCUCCGAGAAGCCCUAAUUUCGGAGGUCUGUGGGAGGCCAACAUAAAAGUGGCCAAAAGACUCUUCACCGCAGCCGCUCGUGGAUCCAGCUUUAAUAUAUUGGAGAUUCAGACGGUGUUCUACCAAGUAUCAGCGAUAAUGAAUUCACGUCCGCUGACCUCAAUUUUCUCCGACGCCGGAGCUCCGGAACCUUUAACACCAGGGCACUUCCUAAUAGAAGAGCCAUGA